CCGUUGUUUUUAUUUUUACGCCCCCUUAGAGUUUUCUAAUGUGGGGUUAAUUUUUUAACGUGUGAGAAUUGAACCGCAGACAAGUGAAUCCAGGGAAGGUGCAGAUUCUGGAAAGGUUGGCCCAGGAUAUCAGAAGGGGAGGACUUGGAGAAAGAAUUCUGAAAAACAGCUUGAUGUCAAGGUCUGAAAUCACUUGAUUCAUCAGGAUCUGAAUGUCACAGGCCUUUAAAUAUGGAAGGAGAAAUGUUUCUCUGUUCUGUCUGCCUCAAAAUGUUUUAAAAAUCAUGUGACUGGGAAAGAGUUGCAACACACACACACCCAAGAGAAGGUAUUUCAGGGCACUGACUAUGGAAGAAGCUUUAACUCAUUAAACAGCCUGAAAAAAGUAAAUGCACAAUUCACAACAGAGAGACACCAUGUAUAUGUUCUGUGUAUGGACAAAGCUGAUUGUAAAACUUGGAGGGAGCAUGAGAACACUCUCAGCAUGAAUAAAUCCUGGAAAUGUGGACACUGUGGGGAUGGAUUCCGUUGCCCAUCAAAACUUGAGAUUCAUCAGCGAAGACACACUGGGGAGAGGCCUUUCACCUGUUUCGUGUGUAGGAAAGGAUUCAGUACUGUCUCCAGUCUGCUGAGACACCAGCACAUUCACACUGUGGAGAGGCCGUUCACCUGUUCUGAGUGUGGCAAAGGAUUCACCGAUUCAGGCAACCUGCUGAGACACAAGCGAGUUCACACAGGAGAGCGGCCGUUCACUUGCUGUGAGUGUGGGAAAGGAUUUACUCAAUCAUUCGCCUUGGUCAUUCACCAACGGAUUCACACCGGGGAGAAGCCAUUUACCUGCUCUCAGUGUGGGAAGGGAUUCUCUGAGUCAUGCAACCUGCUGCAACACCAACGGAUUCAUACUAAAGAGAAGCCAUUCAUCUGCUCUCAGUGCGGGAAGGGAUUCACCCAGUUAUCCAAACUGAAAGUACACCAGCGAGUUCACACCGGGGAGAGGCCAUUCACCUGCUCUCAGUGUGGGAAGGGAUUCACGCAGUUAUCCAGCCUGCAAGUACACCAGCGGCUUCACACUGGGGAGAGGCCCUUCACCUGCUCUCAGUGCGGGAAGGGAUUCACACAGUUAUCCAACCUGCAAGCACACCAGCGAGGUCACACCAAGGAGAGAUCAUACACUUGCUCUCAGUGUGGAAAAGAAUUCACUCGAUUAUCUAGCCUGCAGAAACACGAGCGAGUUCACACCAGCGAGAAGCCAUUCACCUGUUCUCAGUGUGGAAAGGGAUUCUCUCGAUUAUCCAACCUGCAAGCACACCGGCGAGUUCACACCGGGGAGAGACCAUUCACCUGCUCUCAGUGCGGGAAGGCAUUCUCUCGAUUAUGCAACUUGCAAGCACAUCAGCGAGUUCACACUGGGGAGAGGCCUUUCACCUGCUCUCAGUGUGGGAAGGGAUUCACGGAGCUAUCCUCCCUGCAAGCUCACCAGCGAGUUCACACAGGGGAGAGGCCGUUCACCUGCUCGCAGUGUGGCAAGGGAUUCAAACAGUUAUCCUCCCUGCAAGCACACCAGCGGGUUCACACUAGGGAGAGGCCUUUCACCUGCUCUCAGUGUGGAAAGCGAUUCACACAGUUAUCCAACCUGCAAUCACACCAGCGGGUUCACACCAGGGAGAAGCCGUUCACCUGCUCUCAGUGUGGGAAAGGAUUCACUCGACUACCAAGCUUGCAGAAGCACCAGCGAGAUCACGAGUGACUGCAGGGGUGAGUUCUGCUGUUCGUGCUGCUGCUCAUCACAUUCAGGACUGAACCGUGUUCAGUCUGCCAGUGCGUGAAGUUGGAGACUGAGAACGUUUGUUUCUACUGGGCUGGCCACCCUCACCACUUUGCUUCCAGUGAGGCUGAAGCAACACAUUCCAUACGAGUUGUUGAAUGAAAGCAAGGUCUGGAAGGUAGAAGAUCUUCAGUUGACAUUUCCUCUAACAGCACACCAUUAUUGCCGUGGAAUCGGGAACACCAGACGGUUGUUUUGUUAAAUUCACACAGGUGCUUCUCACAGAAUGCACUUGGAGAUUUGUAAAGUUGGAAUCACUGAGGUGAAAAGAGGCUGAAAGGUUUGCUGAGCUUGAAGCUGGUGUAAGAAAUUUCCACUGAGGCCCUCAGUAAACACCAGUGAGCCUUGUGGUGGCUGGAAGCUGUCACACAUUGGACAAAUGAAUGAGAAGCAGCAAGGCCAUUCAGCCCUUCGAGACUGCUUCACCAUGCGAUAAGAUCAUGAUCAAUCAGAUUGUCAUCUCCACACCAUGCUCCUGUCUAAACCUUUGUCAAGCUUUGUCUCCAAGAUGGUCAAAAUGAUCAUGCAGAAGAUGGAACUGUCUCAGUAGAAUUGAUAUGUUCUCAGUGUGAAAGGGUGGAACCUUUAAAGCAAAUUUCUGGAAAUUGGGAAGUAAAUCAGUGUUGGCAAAGGUGGUUGGUGUUUAUGCAAGGAAUGUUGCACAAAGAGGGAAGCUUCUCAGAAACCAAUCCUUUCUAACACAUUUACCACAAGUGAAAUUAGAUGUGAGGGAUUCUAAAGAAUUUAUAUUUUUAGAGAAGUAACUUCAGAUCUCCAAGAAAGCUAAGAAAGAUUUUAAUUUUAAAUUGCUGACUUAGCUGACACCUUAUUAGGAAAAGCUUUGGACCUUUUCCAAAAUGUUUAUUGUAUUAAUACAGGUUAUUGUGGGGAAAUGUAUGUUGAAGGUACAUGUCAGAGCGCAGCGGAAAUAUUGUGAAGAGAUUCGGGGCCCCUGUUCAAAGGAAAGAUAUACCAGCAUUGGAGGCAGUCCGUAGAAUGUUCACUAAGCUGGUACCACGUGUUGAAGGACUGUGGGGAGGGACACAUGAAUAGGUUGGGCCAGUAGGUUUUGGCACAUAGAACAAUAGUACCUGAUCCUGCUGAAACAUAAAGGUUUAUUUGGGGAUUUAACAGGGGGAGAUGUAACAUAGUUGUUUCCACUUUCGGGGAGUCUAGGAGCUGAGGGCACCAUCUCAGAAUAUUUGGUCAUUUAUUUGAGACCGAGAUGAGGAAGAAUUUCUUCUCAAGGGAAGUGAGUCUGGAAUUCUUUACACUGAGGACUAUUGAGGUUGGGUUAUUAAGUAUAUCGAAGGCUGAUCUCAACGGGUUUUUAAUCAGUAAGGCAGUCGGUGGUUAUAAGGAGAAGGCAGGGAAAUGGAGUUGAGAAUGAUCAGAUCAGCCGACGUCUUGUUGAAUAGCCCACCAGGUUUGAUGGGCUGAAUAGUCUACUCCUGCUGCUUUGUCUUAGUAUCUGUUGUUCAGAGUGAAUUGAAGUGGUACUGUGGAGAUAGAGUCUCUUUAUUGUUGGUUUUGUUUCCACAUUACUCAUUAGUCAUGUAGAUUUAGCAUAGGGUAUUGAUUUCACUGGCCAUACACUGUUUCCACAAUUUUGGCCGAAGAACAAAGUUACACCUGUGAGUGAAACUCCUUGAUAGUUGGAAUCUAGCUCUGUAUGGAACUGAUACAAAUAAAAACAACUAAAAUAUCUACCUGUAAUGGAAAGAAUAGAAGCCACAAAACUACCUGUAGAAUCUCAAACUUAAAAUUUUUAACACGAUAGACAAAGGCCUAAGCAACUAUGUGUUAAUAGCAUUAAACAUUAAUUAUGCCUGCCAGUGCCAAAACAAUAGAGAAUAAAACAGGAAAAUUA